AUGAGCGCCCCCGCCGCGACCCCCAUCUUCGCGCCCGGAGAGAACUGCCGGCCUGCGUGGCUGGCGGCGCCCGCGUCCUACGACGCGUCGGACAUGCACCUGCAGAUCCUGGGCAAGCCGGUGAUGGAGCGCUGGGAGACACCCUACAUGCACGCGCUGGCGGCCGCCGCCGCCUCCAGAGGGGGCCGGGUCCUGGAGGUGGGCUUUGGCAUGGCCAUCGCAGCAACCAAGGUGCAGGAAGCGGCCAUCGAUGAGCACUGGAUCAUUGAGUGCAACGACGGUGUCUUCCAGCGGCUCCAGGACUGGGCCCAGCGGCAGCCACACAAGGUGGUUCCCUUGAAAGGCCUGUGGGAAGAGGUGGCACCCACCCUACCAGAUGGUCACUUUGAUGGGAUCCUGUACGACACGUAUCCACUGUCUGAGGAAACCUGGCACACGCACCAGUUCAAUUUCAUCAGGGGCCAUGCUUUUCGCCUGCUGAAGCCUGGGGGCAUCCUCACCUACUGCAACCUCACCUCCUGGGGGGAGCUGAUGAAGUCCAAGUACUCCGACAUCAGGACCAUGUUUGAGGAGACACAGGUGCCAGCGCUGCUGGAGUCGGGCUUCCGCCGGGAGAACAUCCGCACACAGGUGAUGGAGCUGGUCCCGCCGGCUGACUGCCGCUACUACGCCUUCCCCCAGAUGAUCACGCCCCUGGUCACCAAGCACUGA